AUGACAAGACCAUUACACGUCAUAGACUCCCUAUCAUCACUCCCGCUAGACCUCCAAGAAGCGUCUAUCAUCGAAGACCUUCUGUACGUCUUCAUGGGCCACGAGGGAAACUACAUCCACUACGCCGGAACAUACGACCCGAAAAGCGAGCAAGACACACUGAAGGGACCGCAAUGGGUGAUUGCCGAUGGACUGGAUCCAAGUUUACGGGAUUUGUGUAUGGGAUUGUGUAGGAUGAGUACGUGGUACGUGAGCGUCAGUGCUUUUGUCGAGAUCCACAGUCGUGCGGAGUUCGGAGUGGUGAAUCACGCGUUGUGUGCGGCGAUACGGAAGUUGUUGAAGGAGUAUCUGGUGCUCGUUGCGCAGCUUGAGCAUCAAUUUCUGACGAAUCCGGCGUUUACGUUGCAUACACUACACUUGCACGCGUUACCGACGUCGCAUACACUGUUUCAUAUGUACUCGCUUGCACACGAGGUUAUGAAGCGGAAUGCGACGAUUGAGGAGGAGAAGGACAUGAUGGACGAUAUGGACAACAUCGAGGGUAUCCUGGAGGCGCUCAAGGAAGGGAACGAUAUCACUUCUGGCGUACUUGGGAAGCCGACGAUCUGUAAGGGUGGUGCGGUGUUGGGAUUGCUCAGUACGCGACUGUCAAGUUUGGCUGGUGACCCGGCUGCGAGGAAGCUGUUGAGUCAUUUGCUGAAGGAGGCGAGUAAACCGUACAUGAAGAUGCUUAAUGAGUGGCUGCAUCAUGGUGAGAUUCGGGAUCCGCAUCAAGAGUUCUUGGUCAAGGAGCAGAAGAGCAUCAAGCGUGAGAGGUUGGAUGAGGAUUACACCGACGAGUACUGGGAGAAGCGCUAUACACUGCGCGAAGGUGAGGUUCCGCCACAGUUGGAGAGUGUGAAGGAAAAGGUACUGCUGGCAGGCAAAUAUCUCAAUGUGGUUCGGGAGUGUGGAGGUGUCGACGUCAGCAAGACCGAUGAGCGAGAUAAGUGGCCGAUGAGCUUCGAGCAUACGAACUUCCUGGAUAACGUCAACUCGGCGUAUGCGCAUGCUAAUUCAUCGCUUCUUGAGUUGUUGCUGACGACGCAUGAACUUCCUGCGCGCCUACGAAGUCUGAAACACUACUUCUUCCUUGAUCAAAGUGAUUUCUUCACGCAUUUUCUUGCGUUGGCGAGUCAUGAACUCAAGAAACCUGCGAAGAAUGCCAAUCUCGUCAAACUGCAGAGCUUACUGGAUAUUACACUACACUCACCAGGUACCAUUGCCGCCAGUGAUCCAUUCAAGGAGGACGUCAAAGUGCAGAUGAACAAGGUUUGGCUGACGGACUGGUUGAUGAGAGUCCUGUCGGUGAAGGGUCUUGGUGAAGAUGGUUUGCCUACAUCGAGUUUCGGUCAGUCAACCUCGGACAAAAAGGACCAGAAGGAGCUGGCAGGAUUUGAUGCAUUGCAACUCGACUAUACUGUUCCGUUUCCGUUGAGUUUAGUCAUCUCGAGACAAGCCGUGACAAAGUACCAGCUCCUCUUCCGACAUCUUCUCAGUCUCAAAAAUGUUGAGCAACUCCUUGGUGACACUUGGAUGGCUCACAUGAAGGAUGCGCAGUGGAGUCGUUUCUCGAAGCACCGUCGUCUCGAGAUCUGGAAAAAACGCGCAUGGGCCCUGCGGUCCCGAAUGAUGAGUUUCAUUCAGCAAUUGGCGUAUUUCUGUACCAGCGAGGUUAUUGAGCCGAACUGGCAGGGUAUGAGGGUCAAAUUGGAGAAGGUUACUACGGUGGAUGAGUUGAUGAAGGAUCAUGUUGAUUUCUUGGAUACUUGUUUGAAGGAGUGUAUGUUGACGAAUCAUCGUCUUCUCAAGAUUCAAGGAAAACUCAUCUACGGAUGUACCAUGUUCGGCCAAAUGACGACAUAUCUCGCCCGCUCUCUUGCUACGGCUGACCCAAUGCUCGACCCUACACAAUUUAUUCCGAAGGAUGGACCGUUCCCCGAGCCUAAUGCCGCAAAGAUGAACAGUCUGGAAGAGCUUCUGCAGAAGCAUGAGGAGCACUUUGCAAGGAAUACCAAGAUUAUGAUGGAUGCAGUGAGCUACUACGCCGGGACGGAGAGUGCACGUUUGUUGAGUCUGGUGGUGAGGCUGGACUGGGAGCAGGCGAGGUAUUGA